ACUACGGAAGCUUGGGGGAUGAAAAUAAGUGAUGUUGACAGGUGGCGAUAGAUUCAGAAAAGGUUAAGAGCUUGUAGAGACCAUUAAUCCAACAGUCCAGAUGCUGCCAUGUCGGUUUAAGCCAAUAAAAACCGUUGGAUUUGUCGUGCAAUCAACGGUUAAGAUUUGAGCAUUUAUUGCAGUCUUGGAUCGUGGCCGUCCAUUGGGGUUUGGAGUGGGUUUCGUUGAGAGCGAAAUAUCGAAAAGAAGAUGAGAUAUUGAGAUUAGAACACAAAAGGAGGAAAGAGGCAGAAGGAGUAGAGAGAGAGAGAGAGAGAGAGAGAGAGAGAAAUAAGAGGAGCUAAGGCCUUUGAAGUCUGACGGAUUGCUUCAACACAAGAUCUUUGAACACUAUUAAAAUCGGUUUUCUCGCCGGAGAGAGUGACCGGAGCUCAUUCACCGGCGAGUAUGGUAGAUUUCAGGCUAUUGACUGAUGAGUGAUGCGAUUAGUCUCGUUUCUAUAACAACUAAUUUAUUACCAGCAAAACAAGUAAUUUACGGAGAUGGAUAGAACCAGGGAAGCGAGGAGAGUCACUAUGGCGGCCUCCGCCGCCACAAAUGGCCUUUCACGGCGGCGGCAUAGAAGUAGCUCUCUUAGAGACUCCCCAGUAUGUUUUCUUUUGUUUGGUGCAGAUGAUGAUGGGCCGGUGGAGUUACAGGAAACGGCGCGUUUAAGGGAUAGAAAGAAGGAUGGAGAUGGAGAAAGGGAACGAGAACGAGAAAGAGAUAGAGAGCGAGACCGGGAACGAGAGAGAGAAAGGGAAAGAGAUCGCUUGAGUAGAACGAGUAAGAGAAGAAGAGGCGAUAGAUUACUGAUUAACAGAGGAGAUGGAGGCGAUGAUAGUUCUGAAGAAAGCGUAAACGAUGACGAAGAUGAUGAGGACGAAGAUGGUGGCGGAACCGCUGGUGGAAGUUCUGUUCGGAUUCUUCCGCCGAACAACACCACGGGGUCUUUGUCGAUGUCAAAUCAUCAUCAUCACCAUCAACAGCAGCAGCAUCAACAUCGGAAGAGCUUUCCACCGCCGGUGAAGGUUAUGAGAACGACUCCACCGGCGGGGACGACUAUGAUUACCGCCACGACUACCUCGUCUACGUGGAAGGCCGCCGAUGAGAUGAUUGGCGUGUCGGUUCCUAGAAAAGCUCGGUCAGCUUCUACUAAAAGAUUUCACGAAUGGACAUCAAGUGGCGGCGGUAUUGGUGGAGAACAAAUUCACCGGCAAGCUUCAACUUCGCCGGUGAGGACAGGUGUUGCUGGGAUGUUAACUUCACCGUCUCCGGCUCCAACCUCUCCAUCUUCUUCCAAUGCUUCUAUGAGGAAGAAGAUGAAGCCUAACGGACCAAAACAAAGGCCACCGAAAUCGUCGUCCAAAUCUUCAUCUUCAGCUCAGGAAGAGAUUGAGAUCGAGAUUGCAGAGGUUUUAUAUGGUUUGCAGAGGCAGCCACAAGUCCCAUCUAAGCUAGAUAUAAUUGGAAAUGAUUCGGUCAAGUUUGAUUCAAGAGAAGUUAAUAAACCCAAUAGUGAUGCUAAAUCAAGAGUCUCUUCACCGAUCUCCAACUCCCCAUCAACUCUUCCUCAAUCUUCUUCCAUUUUGCCUUCAAAUGCUAACUCCUCUGCUACACCUAUUUCUACAAUUCCUCCAAAGAGGAAAAGACCGAGACCGGUGAAGUAUGAGGAUGAGACAACGACGACAGCACAGCCUCCUAUUUUUCCUGUUAGGAACAGUUCCAUUUCAUCUACUACAACUAAGGUUGAAAUUGGUCAACCAGAUAAAAUUGAAGCUACUUCUCCCAAUUUGGAGAAGAAUUCAGGAACCAUGGCUGAAAAUGGUAGUUGUUCUUAUGAUUUGUUGAAUUCUUCACAAGCUGGACCAGCUUCAUCAGAGCUGGUUCAGGCUGAACCAGUGAAGGAAGAGAAGAACAAUUUGGUAGCAGAUUCUAAGCCUUUGACCGAAGAACAUGAGAAUAGAGAUAUCGGCAUAUGUAAAAAGGAAGAGUCUCAAUCGCCAAAGAAGGAAUCUUCACCUUCUCCUGCUAAUGAGAAUUUGACAGUGACAAAAGCGAAUUCAACAGUGUGUGAGAUUGAGAGCCAGCGGGAAGAGAAGUUCCAGAUAGAUCUGAUGGCUCCUCCAUCUAGAUCAUCUCCAGAAAGGGAUGGUGAGAUUGAUUUUGGGGCUUCGGAUCCUAAACCAGUGACCACAGAUAUGGAAUUGGAAAUGAAGUCUACGGUAAAGGAAGGUGAUAAAGGAGUGAAAAUCGGAAAGGAAGAUGUGAAUGUGGAAGGUGAGGAUAAUAAUAAGGUCAAACCGAUUGCUGAAGAAGAUGAAUCACUUAAACCAGUUGUAAAUAAAGAAAGGAAUAUUGAUCUUCAGCUUGAUUUGGAGAGAUCUGAUAGAGAUUGUGGCACAGCUAGUGUUAAUGCCAACAAGCUCAACCACCAUGUUCAAAUGCUGCAGCAGCAUCAACAUCCCAGUACGGAGAAAACUGUACAAUCUGGGUCUUUACCUUUGCCGAUGUCAAUGGCUAGCUGGCCUGGUGGACUUCCUCCAAUGGGAUACGUGGCUCCUCUACAAGGUGUUGUAUCCAGGGAUGGGAGCGCUGUAUCUUCAGCAGCUAUUCAGCCUCCACAUUUGCUUUUUACUCAACCAAGACCAAAUAAAUGUGCAACCCAUUCCUACAUUGCUCGGAAUAUACACAAUCACCAUCAAUUUAUGAAGAUGAAUCCUUUCUGGCCAGCAGCACCUGGUCCAGCUUCACUUUAUGGGCCGAAGGCUUGCAAUCUAAAUGUUGUACCCCCUUCGGAAUUGCAUGGGAACAUUGCUGGUAGAGGUGUGAAUUCUGUACAAGACAAGGGGCAGGGUCUUGCAAUUUUUCCUGGUCAUGUUGCCAAAGAUAAAGGUUCUCAGGCUGUUGCCAACAUGGUGGAUGCUACACAGAGAAAGCAAAUACUGCUCCAGCAAGCUCUACCCCCAGUGGCAACCAGUAAUAUCCUGGGCCCCGCUUUUAUUUUCCCAUUGAGCCAGCAACAGGCUGCUGCUGCUGCUGCUGCAUCUGUCCGACCUGGAACUGUGAAAUCUCCUCCUGCUUCUGGCAACACAGCUUCAUCGACUACAUCUAACACUGCCUCAGUGAGUGCCUCCCUGGCUGGAGCAACUGCAGCCCCGGCAAUGAGCUUCAACUACCCGAAUGCACCAGGCAAUGAAACGCAGUACUUGGCAAUCCUGCAGAAUAAUGCCUAUCCAUUUCCGAUUCCUGCACAUGUUGGGGCACCACCUGCAUAUGGAGGGAAUCCUGCUCAGCCUAUGCCUUACAUUCAUGGAUCUUUCUAUCCUUCCCAAAUGUUUCACCCUUCACAGCUUCAGCAGCAGCAGCAGCAGCAGCAACAGCCACCCGCACAGUUACAGCAAAGCCAACAAGGUCAUCAGAGCACUAGCUUGACCAGUGGUUCAUCAUCUUCCCAGAAACAUUUGCAAAACGAGCAGCAGAGGCCACAUGGAAUUGGUGUGAGUAGUGGCAGUGGAAACUUGCAAGUUUUUUCUGCCCCAAAAAACCAGUCUCAUCCCUUACAGAUUCAGCAACGGCAGCAACAGCCAAGUCAGCAUGCUUCUCAUCAAGCCCGGCAACUUGAGAGUGAAUUAGGUGGCGAGGAUAGCCCAUCAACUGCUGAUAGCCGAGUAUCUUGUGCAAAUAUGAAUAUUUAUGGUCAGAAUUUUGCUAUGCCCUUACAGCCUCCAAACUUCUCUUUGAUGACUGCUGCUUCAAUGGGUGGUUCCAUGAGUUCUGGUGUUAACCAUGGGGAAAAGAAGCAACAGAUGCAGCAGCCAUCACAACAGCCAGGCUCAAAGGCUCGAGUUGAGCCUCUUACAUCUCAAGCUUUUGCUAUGUCAUUUCCCUCCAUUAAUGGUACUACUGCUCCUUGCCUUGAUAUUUCCUCUGCACAAAAUCAUGCAAUUCUUCAGAACCUUCCGGAAAAUACGAGGAAAGGCUAUCAGCAGAUCAUGGCAGUUGCUGCGGCUGCCCAAGCAUCACAACAGAAGAAGAAUAGUUAUCAUGCUUCUGAAGAAGGGAAGCGUGGAACUAAUGAUGCAUCAAGUGUGGAAAAAGAAAGGAAAGCCAUGGCAGGAAGGAGUUCGGCAACUGAGUCCAUUGCCUUCUCUAGGCCAGAUCUGUCUGAUUCAUCUGUUUCCACUAUUCCAGGCAACAAUGUCAUUGAUAGUUCUGCCCGGACCCUUAAUCAUGGCUCUGCUCCUGUCAGAAGUUCAGGUUCUGUUAUGCCAGCUUCAAUCAAUGGCGUCAAUGCUCCUAAUCCUAAUGCUCUGCAGCAACUUCAGCAGAAUCAACAACAGCAACAACUUCAGCAGAAUCAACAACAGCAGCAACAGCAGAUUGUUCAGCUUCAGAAGCCGCACCAAUUUGGGGCUGCUUCUGCUCCUCGAAGUAAGGCACCUGCAACAAGUAAUGGAAGUGCUUAUUCUGAUCACGUUCCUUCGUCAUCUAUGGCUGCCAAGUUUCCAAAUGCCCUGUCUGCAUUUCCUCAAAAUCUAGUGCAAAGCAGCAGCAGUCCAGCUCAAUCUGCUCAAUGGAAGAAUUCUGUGAGGACAACUACAUCUCAAGUUCCUUCUCCAUCUCUAUCUUCAACCUCGUCAUCACUCAAGAAUAUUUCUCAGCAGCUAGGCAGGCCACAGCAAAGCCACACACAGAUUUCUUUUGCAGGUAAUCCUAAAUCAACUCAAGGUCAACAGCCUCUUAGUAGCACUCAAUCCCCAUCUCCUCCGAUGGUUGUUGGCUCUCCUUCUACUUCAAUCUCCAGGAGUGCUGGUGGUAGCCCAAGGACUAAUGGUUCUAGUUCUAGUGGCAACAAAGGUGGCCAAGCAUCUAGUUUAUCAUCUCAGCAGGCCAAAAACUCACCGUCAGUACCUAGUCAGAAGUCAUCUCCUGUUGGUGGAAGGAGUGUGCCAUCAGUCCUGGGAAACCCCCACAUCAGCUCAUCGUCAAAUACGGGAACUAAGCCCCAAGUGGCUUUACAGCAGCAGCAACUGCAUCAAAAGCAUGCAUUACAUCAAGUGCAACUUUUCUUCUCUAAUACUUUCAUGCAGGCCCAUGCUCAACACUCACCAAGUACAACUGCAAAUGCAACAGCUGGAAGUGGUUACUAUCUUCAAAGACACCGUAAUGAGCAACAGCAGACACAGCCUCCAGGCUCAUCAACAACUUCAUCAACUUCAAUGUUGUCAUUGUGUUCUCCAGUUACUCUUGCCAACACUGGUACCACUGACCCUGCAAAGGCUGUUGUUGGUGCUGCUGCUGGCAAUAUGAAAGGAGGUGGCUUAACAUCACAGGGACUUAUCCAUGCUGCACAAUUCGCUACUACACAGUCCUCUGGAAAGCCGCAUCAGCUUGUGCCAGGCUUCCCUUAUGUUCAUGCUGUCCCUGCUGCUGUUCAGGUAAAACCAGCAGAGCAGAAACAACCUGCUGGUGAGUAGAUUUGUCCCUUUUUUGCUUCAAAUUGCAACCCCCAUAUAGUGAACAAGAAAAAGAUACAGCAAUUGAAAAAAGAUUUAGUUAGAUCGAGGACUGAAAAUUUUUGAAGGGGAUGCUGGUUUGUUGCCCAGAAAUGACAGCAUGCUCUCUGGUAGCUCAAACAACACUUGAGAAAGUGCAAAAACGGAAGAGGAUGAUGGAGGCUAUCAUGUGGCGUAGAACUCACUCAACCCACAAUUUUGCUUAAGUUUAAUGCAAUGGUGGGAAAAUUGUUCAUUGUAGAUUGUGCUUGCAAUGUGUAUCCAACAUGUUUGUACACUUAUGUUUAUAAUCUGAUUAGGUUGAACCUGAAGUCUCUAAUUAAAUUUGAUUGGUUUGUUGGGCAGAAGAUGGAAAAA